AUGAGCGGUCGGGAAGAGGCCCCGACCAAGAGGCAAUCCUUGCCAGCACCGCUAAACGACCCGACGCCUUCACCAUCCGAACCUGUGGUAUCAAGGGUCUCAUCUGAUAGUGAGGCGACUGCUUCGCAGAUGGGCAGAUUGCCAUACGUGGCCUCAUACUCAUUUUUUCUUAACGAGAAGCCAAUUGCACCGCCUGCAUCCGCUUCUCAUGUGGUCGCCUCUGCUGCAGCUGCUUCUUUUGCAGCCGCCUCUGCUGCGGCCGCCUCUAUUGCGGCCAACCCCAACGCGGCCGCUUCGAUUGCCAGAGAUGUCUCAGGUGCGGCCGUCCAAGUCGCCCCUGAUGUACCAGUUGCAGCCGCCCCAGGUGCAGCCGCCCCAAGGGUAGCAGACCCUAUUCCGGAGGAGGCCAGACGGGAAGAAGACCCACAUGCGGCCGCCCAACCAAGAGGUCUCUUGCAGGAAAUAGAAGAGAUUUCUUCUUCUGAUUCGGAGACCUCUGUCAACUUGGGACCCAGGUCAGCACCGCAGCGACCAUUCGCAGCAGCCGAAGAGUCGGCCAUUGUGGUGCCAGCUGCCCGUUUUCCCCGACCAACGACACUCCUUGCACCCUCCGGAACCACGGUCCGCCCGGAAGGACAUCUUGAUCUAGCCCCUCUGUCGGCCGUUCUGAUUCCGGCGGACAUUCAGGCCAUAUUUGCUCAGGCCGUCAACCGACCUUUCCCCGACUUAGGGUCAGACUUCCUAUACGGUCUCCUUCAGGCGGUUGGUGGCCUUCUAUUUCAAAUUCCUUCGAAAUCGGCAGCCGCCCCCACUCUGCAUCGGCUGAUGGAGAGAUUAGCCGAACUCCGAAACGACAUCUUACUCGCCCGACUCUUGUCAGCCGAACCGUCCCAGCCCAUUUCGGAUCAAAUAAGUCUGGAGGCUUCCUUGGCUAAAACUAGGGAAUCACUUCAACAAGCUAUUGGAAGGCUGUACGAACUCCUCAGUACUAAAACUCAAAUAGAUGAGUCAAUCGAAAGGAAAGAAGCACAAUUGAGGACGCUUCGUCAAGAACAGUCCGCCUUGGAAGGCCAUGUGGCCGACGAGCAAUGCCUAAUUGAACGAUAUAAGAAAAAUGAGGCCGACUUGGAUCAAGAAUUAAAGAUUCAAACCCGAUCACAAUUUAUCAAACGAUAUCAGGCGACUGCUAAUAACCGACGGCUGUCCAGGGCCGAAGACAAAUGGUCCCAGAUUAAAACCGCCCUGGGGGUCCUUCUGUAA